AUGUCAAUGAAGCAUCAUCACCAUAGAGGAGUAGAGAUGUCUGCUUCCAAGAGUUUUGUCUCAAAGAAAUGGACUUUCUUCCUCUGUCUCGGUUUCUUCUGCGCGGGAACUCUCUUCUCCGACAGUAUGUGGCCAGAGCCUGAAGCCAAUGUUGUAUCAAGGGAAGCAGCAUCAGAUGAACGUUUGCAUUUAGUGUCAGAGGAUUGUGAUUCAUCAAAAGGUGUGAAGCAAGAAUCAAAAGACAGACUUGGAGAAGUCUACAAGAGUCCUGAUGCUAUUCAAACGCUAGACAAAACGAUCUCAACUCUGGAAAUAGAGUUAGCAGCUGCAAGAGCCGCGCAAGAAUCCAUCAUGAAUGGUUCACCAGUCUCUGAUGAGUUUAACCUCCCUGAAACUAUAACCAAAAGAAAGUAUCUGAUGGUUGUUGGGAUCAACACUGCGUUUAACAGCAGAAAGCGUAGAGAUUCAGUCCGUGCUACUUGGAUGCCUCCUGGUAAGGAGAGAAAGAAGCUAGAGGAAGAGAAAGGGAUCGUAAUGCGUUUUGUAAUAGGCCAUAGCGCUACUCCUGGUGGUAUUCUUGAUAGAGCGAUUCAGGCUGAAGAUAGUAAACAUGGAGACUUCUUGAGACUGGAUCACGUUGAAGGUUAUCUAGAGCUGUCAGCAAAGACUAAAACUUACUUCACCACGGCUUUUGCAUUGUGGGAUGCAGACUUCUACGUGAAAGUGGAUGAUGAUGUUCAUGUCAAUAUAGCCACUCUCGGUGCAGAGUUAGCAAGAUACCGUAUGAAGCCUCGAGUCUACAUUGGUUGCAUGAAGUCUGGACCCGUUCUUGCUCAGAAAGGAGUGAGAUAUCAUGAACCUGAGUACUGGAAGUUUGGAGAAGAAGGUAACAAGUACUUUCGCCACGCCACUGGUCAGCUCUACGCAAUUUCAAGGGAGUUAGCAUCUUACAUAUCUAUAAACAAAAACGUACUUCACAAGUAUGUGAAUGAGGAUGUGUCUUUAGGAUCAUGGUUUCUUGGAUUAGAUGUGGAGCAUGUAGAUGACCGUAGGUUGUGUUGUGGUACAACAGAUUGUGAGUGGAAAGCACAGGCGGGGAACAUGUGUGUUGCAUCGUUUGAUUGGAGCUGCAGUGGGAUUUGUAGAUCAGCGGAUAGGAUGAAGGAUGUUCAUAGGAGGUGUGGAGAAGGUCAUAAUGCUCUCAUGGCUGCAUCAUUCUAAAACAAGAAAACAGAAGAAGAGUACACAAAGACAAAUCUGCUCAACAGUUUGUAGUAUAGACACACACAGACACACACUUCUCUAUGUAUGUUUGUAUCUUUUGAACUGACAUGAGAAGGGUGCUUUUCUACCCUCCUUUCUUAUUUCUUUAUUAUUAUUCUUUUUUCAUUUCUUUGUUAAGGGUUGGAGUUGUUAGCACACAGUAAAAUGCAAUUUGUAGCUGCUAAACUCAAGAGUCAUUGCAUUUGGCGUUUUCUUUGCCUUUAUACUUAAAAACAUUCAAGUUUUGAGUUUUGCUUCUUACUGCCAUCAAGG